CUUGUUGGUCGGGAUGCUGUCUCUGUCGCGGAGUACAUGCAAUCCGACGAUUGCCGGAAAGUCUUCGUCAUGCUAGGAGCAGGUGUCAGCACUUCCGCGGGCAUUCCCGACUUCCGAUCUCCAGGAACAGGUCUUUAUCACAACCUGGCAAAACUGAAUCUUCCGUAUCCCGAGGCCGUUUUUGAAAUCAACUACUUCCGCAACAACCCGCUUCCAUUCUACACUCUCGCCCGCGAGCUAUACCCCGGGAAGUUUCGCCCGACGCCCACCCAUACUUUCGUAAAGCUCCUGGCCGACCACAAGCUCCUCGACACUUGUUUCACACAGAACAUCGACACGCUGGAGCGUCAAGCCAAUGUGCCCGGCCACCGCAUUGUGGAGGCCCACGGCAGCUUCGCAGAUCAACACUGUAUCGAAUGUCAUCGGCCGUUCGACGGGCAGAGGCUCCGCGCGGCUAUCGAGAAGAGCCAGGUCGCGCACUGCGACAAGUGCAAGGGUCUCGUCAAGCCAGACAUCGUCUUCUUCGGCGAGUCGCUGCCCGCGCUCUUCCACCAGACGGUGCCGAAGCUGCGCGAGGCCGACCUGCUGAUCGUCAUUGGCACGUCGCUCAAGGUGAACCCGUUCGCGGCGCUGACCGGGUUCGUGCCGGACGACUGCCCGCGCGUGCUCAUCAACAUGGAGCGCGCGGGGGACAUCGGCCGGCGCGCGGACGACGUCGUGCUGCUGGGGCGGUGCGACGACGUCGUGCGCGAGCUGGGCGCGGCGCUCGGCUGGGCGGACGAACUCGAGCGCGAGUGGGCGAAGACGGAC